CUGACAUGCGCUGUAACUCAAAAUAAACGCCAUCAUAUUCAUGGAUCCAAGUAUUACUUGAUGAUCCCUUGGCAAGAUGACGACUUUUGCCGAUCACUUUUGGGGUCCCAAAAACAAUGGAUACUUCGCCUUGUAUCAUAAUAUGAAACAUGGCCAUACUUCCACGAAAGAGUUGGUUGAUUUUCUUCGAGAAAGUUGCACUGUUGAGGAAAAUUACAGUAAAUUGCUUACCAAGCUUGCAAAGUUAGCUGCAAAUACCCCUCAAGUUGGAACCUUCGGACCCUUUUGGAAUGUCUUGAAAAAUCUGAUUGAGAAGCUGUCGACACUGCAGAUGCAGCUUGUGCACACAUGGGCAGACUUGAUCAAGGACAUGGUGCGCUACAGCGAGGAGCAACACAAACGGCAUAAGACGACGAAGGAAAAUGAACAGGGCACACUGGAUUCUGUCCAGACCAUUCAACAGACAACCACAGCAUUGCACAAGGCCAAGGAAAUUUAUCAUACAAGAUGCUUUGAGCUGGAAAGGUUAAGAAGAGACAAUGCAUCAGCAAAAGACAUUGAAAAGGCUGAGGUGAAGAACAAGAAAGCAUUGGAUGAAUACAAAGUCCUCAUUGACAAGUACAAAGAAGUCCGGAAUGAUUUUGAAGGGAAAAUGAUUGAGUCAUGUCAUCACUAUCAGGAACUGGAAGAAGAGCAUAUUUGUCAAAUGAAGGAUUUUAUCGACACAUUUGCCAAGUCAUGGGAGAAUGAACAUGCUCUGUUAGGACAGGUGCAUCAAGAAUUCAAGCAGAACUGUGAAGAGAUGACAGUGCAAAAGUUGAUGUCAACAUUCAUUGAGAAGAAAGGCACAGGGGAUGAAAAACCUGGUCCAAUAGAGUUUGUGGAGCCUGAUGUGUCCAGCCUGACAGCCAACAGACCCAUGUCCCCCGAACCAAGUGGAGACAAGAAGGAUGCUGUCACUGAGAAACAGAAGCAAGCUAUGGAAGCAGCCUUUGGUGAGGCCUCUGGGAGCGGCAGCAGCCCUGUGCUCUCCGACCAGCCAGGCCCGCUGAGUCGCAGCGUCAAACUACGCGUGUCGCGCACAUGGUUUUUGAAGAACAAGAAUAAAAGAAAAGAGAAAAAGAAGAAGAGCAGUAAAAAAGAUAAAGAUGAUAAAGACAAUGAAUCAAAUGAUGCUGAGAGUCAAGAUGCUAAUAUUGAAGUGGAUGAAGAAGGCUACCGAAUACGACCUGAUCAUUCCAUGGACAAUAACGGUGAUAAAAAUAGCUGGUACUCCAGUGACAGUGACUCUGACUCUGAGGAUGAGGGUCGGAGGAAAAUCAAAGUUGAGAUUCGUCCACUCAGCCCAACCACAGCAGCCCCUGCAGGCACCAUAGAGGAUAUCAGAGCCUCUGUAGAAGGGUUACGAUUGUCCCCAACCAGGAAGCGAAGUCAAACCCCCGUGGACAAAAAGAUGAAGCGGUCACAGUCAGAGUCUGAUACAUUAGACAAACCUAGUCAAGACCUGCUCAACCUGGACCUGUUUGGCUCGGCGUCUGCAGCGUCUACUCCCACCGGUGCCAACUACCAGGUGUCUCUGCCCUCCCCCCUCUCGCCGCAGAUGGAAUUGAACUGGGCCAGUAAUACCAGCAGCGCAGCCACCACACCGUCCUCCAAUUUGGUGGAUCUGAUGAAUCAAAGCAACGGCACCCCUCCCGCCUCAGCACAGAUCACCUCCCCGUCUGCAGGUCUCCCUCCCCCUGUGGCUAGACCACCAUCUAGGAAUAGAGGCAUCAUUCCCCCACAGCCGAAAGUGAACGGGCCGGUCCCCAUGAGUCGCUCGGACAGCAAUGGCAGCAUGACCUUCACCACAACCUCCAUGCCUGUGGGUUCCUCACGGGGUCCUAGUCCACUGACCAUCGGCAUGUCAGACACCGUUCCGCUCGCCAUCGCUUUCACAGAGACAGUCAACGCCUACUUCAAAGGUCAUGAUGCCACCAAAUGUGUUGUACGCACAGUGGGAAACUUGAUGAUGUCCUUUCCUGCUGGUGUUGUCAGAGUGUUCACAGAAAAUCCAUCUCCUGCUCUAUUGUCUUUCCGUAUCAAGAACAGCAACAAAAUGGAGGAGAUCAUCGCCAACUCCACCAUACUUUCCAAGAAUGAAGCACAAAGUACCUCAGAUGUCCAUACCUACGAGUUCAAUAUGUCAAACUUAGUUGAUCAUCUGAAGCAGCAGGGUGACCAAAAUAAAGCAGCAUCAUACUUCAACAUUGACAUCCUCAAGUAUCAGGUGAAGUCUCAGCCUGGAGUGGAGAGCACCCCGUUGCCUUUAGUGGUGUACUGGAAGUGUGAAGACAACGCCACAGACUUCAGGUUGGACUACAGAUACAACCCAUCAGCAAUGUCUGCUCCAGUGACUUUGAAAAAUGUCAACGUAGCUGUUCCUGUAGAUGGGGGUGUGACAAAAAUGCAGAGUCUGCCAAAUGGCCAGUGGGAUGCCAAUCUGAACCGAGUGACGUGGAAGUUGAAUGAUAUCUCAGACGUCAGUGAGCAGGAAUCCCAGGGAUGCAUCAGAGCUAAGUUUGAGCUGAGCAACGGCCCAUCAAAGCCGGUCACAACGGCCUUGCAGUUUGCGGCAGAAGGCGCUGUUCUGUCGGGGGCCGACUUUGAGUUAGUGGGUCCGGGGUACAGGAUCUCACUCAUGAAGAAACGUUUUGCAACUGGGAAGUAUUUUGUGGACCCUGAGCCGUCGACGAGUUAUGUAUGACGAGCUCCCCUACGGCAGCCCUUCCAGCCAGUUGCUCAAGUACCCGUGAUGCAGUUGUGACUCCCCUACACCCAGCGACAGAGGGGGGGUGUGUGUCCUGCCCUGCCCACUCUCCCUUCCUGUCCUUCUGUUGUGAUAUGGGUCACAUCGGCCAGUCCUACAUCAUCUUCUUCUUUACUCCAACACCAUUUCCCUAGCCCCCGUCAACCCACAGGGCCACAGAAGAACAGGUGCUUUAAAUAUACCAAAGUGUGCCGGUGUGGAAAAGAGUGAGUUGUGUUGACGUGGCGUGGUGGCAGACAGUAUUUGUCUAUUGACGUUCGGGGUGAUUCCUCCUCCACUUUUUUCUCAUUUAUCUGUUUCAAUAUGUCAAUUCUUCAUUCCUGAGAACAUACAUCCUUUUUUUAACUUUGUUAUGUCUGUGAUGCACCCGUAUGUCAGUGUAGGAGAUAUUAGGCACUGAAAGACUUAACUUUUGGUUAGAAGGGAGUUUAAAGGGUUAAGAGGUUCGGUUCUCAGGUUAUUAAGCAACUUUGUUGACUCAUGGUGGUAUGGGAAAUGAGGUGUGCUGUGCUUCUAAAUUAUCUAAGGGGUUCUUCAUUUUGUUGUUCUCUGUUCCUUUUCAGCCUCACAGGGCUUUAAGCCUUCUUCCCAAGAGAACUAGCCCCUAGAUCCUGUAGGCUGUUUGUACGCAAAACUAAACUGAAAUGUUGUACUAUGUCUCUUUUGAUGUCUGUGGUUGGUGCAAAAAUAUGUAUAGUGAAAAAUUUUAAUAGAUAGUCAUUCUAUCAAGGUAUUUGUUUGUCAGUAGUCCUGCUUUUAGCUGUCAAAAAGAAGGAAAAAAGUUGCCACGUUUAUUUUCAGCUAAAUUGUGACCAAAGCACAGCCAACUCUCAUACUUAAAAGCUAAGAAGUGUAUUAUGAGUCAAUUACAGUUGAUAACUGAUAGUACAUCGGACAAUACUAUUAUUAUUAUUAUUCGACCUUUUUUGUUCUAUGGGAAAGUAUGUGUUCCCCCUCAUUUACUGGUAGAUUGUAAGUAGACUCCCACACCGAUUGAAUGGGAUCAGUCUUUGGCAGCUAGAUUUAUUUCAUUUCCCAAUUAAUUUAAGCGGGGUGGAAAUUCCUUCUUUAGUCAUGAGAUUGACCAGAGACAGGAGAGAGAAACGUUUACUUUUGUGUUGAUACACAAGUAUGGCGCUGAUUUGAGUGAGUAUGAGCAGCAACAGAGAGCAGACUGACAAAGUGAAGAGAUGAUGCUAAUAAUUCUCAGUUUAUCCUUCUGUUGACUUUCAGUGUGAAGAUUUCACAGAACUCCCUAUUUCUUUGUUAUCGUUCAUCAAUCAUUCCCUGGCUUGGCUUGUGUUUUGACUUGAGCGAGGUGUGUGCGUUCUUGUGUUCCUGAGAAAGGAGAAGCCAGUAAAAUAAUGAUUUUUCUCUUCUUGAGUAGGUCAUUAUCAGAACUUUCUUGUGAUGAGGAUGACAGGAGGAAGGGUAUUCGUCAUGUCCGUGGCAUUAGUUUACAGGUGCACUUUUACUUAUUGGCUUUGUUGGUGUUUCUGCUUUGCAUUAAGGCGCAUAGUUUAAGUAUAAGCCUGUGUAGUCCGUGGCUCUAAGGCCAGGCUGGUUUUAAUUAUUUAGUGAAACUGGCAUUGUUCUCCACACAAUUGAAUGCUCAUUUGAAAUUGUAGCUCUUUAAGUAAUCAGGUGAAGGGGCACACUGUUGUGAAAGGUCAGCUGGCCCUUAGAGUGUGUUCUCUCUACCUACUCAUGAGCACAAAUGUUUUUUAAAAAGUCAGUUGAAAUUGAAUCCCGUUCUACUCAAGUUAUUUUAAAAAUGAAUUGCAUGCUGCAUAUGAAUAGUUAUUGCUUUUGUUUGUCAAUGUUGUGAGGCACAUUGGAUGCACUCUUAUGUAAUGGACAAAUGGUGUGUAUUGUGUCUAUUAAUCCAGUGAGGAAUGUGCUCAACUGUCAAAAUGUUUGAAUGAUUUUUCAGCAGUGGAGGUUUCAGUUUCUUUCUUUGCCAGUUUCAUUUUACCAUAUCAGGUGUAAACUGCCAUUCUAUCUAGUGAAACCUUCACUCAUGUCCAGUGAAUGUGAAAAGACAGGGGAUGAGAAGCACUACCAGCAGAUUCACCUUUGUAUGCUUGGAUAGCGAAUGUAUAAUAUGAGAAAAACAGCUUUCUCACUCAAUGUUUUGUUUCACUCCUGCCGUGUUUGCACCUUUCUUUGCUUCUUUGGUAACAGGUAUUUUAAACUACCACAUUCACUUUUUUAAAUGAUAUUUUUUAUAUUUUGAAAGUCAGUGAUGCUGUGGAAAAUCGGUUUAUAAGUUUCAGAUGACUAAGCUGUUUCAGAGAAUAGUACUGUCGCAGAUAUGGUCAAACAUAGUGUAUGAGAAGAUUUAAAUUGGCAUUGUUCAUUUGCUUCUCUACUUUCAGAAAAGAAAGGAGACUUGUGGUUUUCGAAAAACCCUUAUUAAAUUCUGAGAGAGGGUUUGCUGUGUGUUUUUUAUCAAGCGGUAUGGAUUGGAUUGCUUGAAAUAUGCAGUUGACGUGAAAGCCCAGUUUGCUUUGAAAUACUUAUAAAUGAAGGAGUGGGUAAUCCUAUGGUGUAUUAAAAUUCUUAUUAGAAGUUGUUUAUUAAUCUUUUGAAAGGGCUUUUGAAAAAGAGGACACCCCAUAAUGUGGUAACUGUUGAUUGCUAUUGGCAGUAUUUUAUCAAGAAAGAGCAAUAGCGAUGUGUUUGGUGUUAGCAUCACUGUAUUGUUGUUGAAGGAAUUAUGUUAUCAUUCUUUUUUUUCUUCCAAAGAAACGGUGGGCUUUUAACAUCCUGGAAAUACAAAAUGAAAAUACCAACCUACAUAACAUUUGAAUAGGCGAAAGCCACGGAUGAGUGAUAUGAUGUAAGCCUUCUAACUGACAAGAGAGAGUUGUUAAUCAGACAUCUGUGCUGAUGCUGUAAUGUAUCUGAUUUGGGCGAAUCUGUUCAUUUAGCUGUCUUCUAAACAAUAAUCUAAGUGAUGUUGCCGGUGUUUCUGCAUGUAGGCUAUUACUCUUGCUGUGAGAAGUUUUGCUUGCUUUUAAAGGCCCAGUAAACAGUAUGCUUGUUGUGAAAUCCCUGAGAAUAUCUUCACAUAGACAAAUAUUUCUGUUAGAUUGGUUCAUGUAAUUGGUAUAAGAUGUAUUUCUUCCCGAUCAGGUUGGCAUCAUUGUAGGAUUGUAAUUUGCAAGUGGCGAUGUCAAUACUGUCAUGGAUGCCUGAAUUGGCCUUGCACUGAAAAUGAUUUUGUCUGACUUUCAGAUUGCCAAUAAAAGUUUGCAAUGUCCUCGUAGUGUAGCAGAACAAUAUAUUUCUUGUUGAAUUGUGAGAGUAAAUCAAAGACAUGGAACAGUCAGAAAACAUUGUGCAUGAAGCGUAAGGGUGAGGGGGAAAGCAUGUUGAUUGACGCUGAAAUAAAUACUCUUUUUCGUCGCAUGUUGGGGCCUGUAAUUUGUUUAAAUUCCAUUUCCAAAUGUAAUUGACUAUUGCUGUGACUGUAGAGAGCAAAGAGAAAAUUGAAAAUUUUUUUAUAUAUAUGUUCUAACCUAUGUUCUGUGUUUGGCUGCUCAGGUAAAGUACAGUGGGGUCUGCUUACUCCGAACACGAUAAAUCUUAAAACAGCGGUAAACUUUAAAAAAAUAAUAUCCCCAAUUUUUUUAUCUUCUAUUUGUGCAACCUACCUAAGCUGAAAACUCUGCUAAACCGAAAAAAAUCUGGUGGUCUCAAAGAUUUGAGUUUAAGUGGACUCCACUAUUUUGCACCAGUGUUGAACUGCCUGACCUUGUGUACAGCAUUGAGGGUAGCCAUAGAGGUCACAAUGAGGUAGCAGCUAUGUCUUAUAAGAACAGGGAACAGCUGUGAUCGUAGUGAUGCAUGAACACCUGUUACACUCCAAUUUCACCGGUGUUUGGGUCUUAUUCUGCUUUAUCUCUAUACCUUUGUUAGUGUAACUAGGAGAGAGCAAAGUUUUUUUUGGUUUUUUUUAUAGCCAUGUGCUCACAAGCAGCAUCCUGCUGUGGGUAUGGAAGGCGCAGCAUUUUUGUGUCCAGAAUGACGUGUUUCAACUAUGAAAGGGGCUGUUUGUGGCAAUGAUGUCUGGUAGAGGUAAGCCAUGUGAGUUUAGGGCUGUUAAAAGACAGUAUUUUUGAAAAUCCCACCGAAAGCUAUGCUUGUUGGUCUUGCUCUACCUGGAACUAGUUGAGGGAAUUCAUUCAUUCUAGAAGGUGAUGUUAUGAUUGGCAGAGAUUAUUCGCAUCUCUUCAAUUAUUUUAUUCAAGGUGAGAAUCUGCCUUUUUCCUCUCAAGAGUUCUUGUAUUCUAGUCCAGUGACUCUCAAGAUGAGGAUUUAAGAAAUGUUUGAGGUGCUGCACGCACUUUUCUCCUUCCUGUGGUUCAUCUGUUUUUGUGUGUCUCUGAGUUUUAAGCAUUUUUAUUCAACUAAGCUUUAUUUGUGAUCCAGAUUUAUACCAGUUCACUUUUGCAUGGGAUAUUGUGUAAAGCAUGAAGUAAAGAAUAUGUAGAAAGAUGUGUGUACAUUUGACAUGGUAACAGACUAAAGUCUUUUUGAAAGAGUUGUCUAAACAGAGAAAUAUUUGCAUGUAUUAUAGGUUAGUCACCUGAGAUUCUGUGGCAUGCAGCAUAUUGAAAGUGUGAGAAUUUCAUGUUGUGCUGGCAGAGCCAUGCAUGGAACAAAUUAGUCCUUUGCUUCUCUGGUCUCUUGCUGUUCUUGUGUGAACUUUGCUUAGUUUGCAGCAUUGUGGGUAGUGUAACUCUGGUAGACAUAUUCGUACUGACAUCUAUGAUAUAAUGUUUAAACUCUUCACUGUUGCACUCAGAAGACGUGAGUUUGUUUACUGAGUGGGAAAGUUUUUUGGGGCAUUUUUUAAAAUGGAGCAUCUUAAUCUGUCUACAUACUGGCAUGCUCUAUCUCUCGCAGCCCAAGUUGGCUACAACAGGUGGGUUCAAAGCAGCCCUCCCGUUAAAUGACCUUUGUGUCGUCAAUGGGGGCAUAUACCAUUUACAAUCAAUUUAAACAUGUUUCUGCCUGCCUGCCAGCAUGCUGUAGUUAUACUUUCUGUGCCGUUAUAGGUUUUGAGAGUGUCUCUGGCCAUGUAGUCUUGUAGCCUGUCAAGUGAUGUAGGCUCUGCUCAGUGUAGCUGGCACUGAAGAAUUUCUGUGAUACUGCCCUUGUAGAGGGAUGGCGCAUAUUGGACAAAUGGAAAAAAAGAAAUGCUUAUAUGAUUAUAUUAUGUUACUUGCAAAGUGGUUUCGAGCUUGUGUUUUUUGUUUGGAAUUACUAUAAUAUCAUUAUGAUAAGUUUGAUGCACAUUUUGGUUUGUUAUCCUGAUUUAUCAAUUAGAUUGAAAUAUUAUUUUUAUCUAAGUGCAAUACUGUAUGUAUAUGUUCAUGUAAAUUUUGUGUAUCUAUUACCUGCAUCAUGAACGGUGAAUGUACAGUUACUCCCCAUUGUUUGUUCGCCCCUUUCCUGGGGCUAUUUCAGCCCUGUCUGUAACGUUCCUUCUCACUCCUCUGCUCCUCCUACCUGCUGGCUAGCUAGACCCUUGCCUUUGUAUAAAGCUCCUAGAAUCUCUCAUUCCUCAUCAUGGCUCACCUUGUGAUGUUAUGACCCCCUCCCUUUUGUCAAGAGAAAGAUACAAUAAUGAAGUUUUGAUGAAUGAUUGGUCACGGUAAUUGUGAAGAGCUUUUUUUUUUUGUGUUAUGAAAAUAAAGGGCAAAUAUUGAUAAUAUUGUUGUACUAACAUUGAUGUACCAACAGGUGAUUGACAUAAACCAGCAUUUUCUUUAACAGUUGAUAGCAGCAACAUUUUGACUCAUUGAUUCUGUUGAUUUUAAAAACAUUUAUAAUUUGGAUAUGUUGUUUUCUUAAUAAUUUUUUAAAGAUGCAAUUCAAUGUUUCUUUUUUUUUUUUUUAAACAGUUCUAAUAAGAGCUGCAUUUGAAAGCAAAAGAAGCAGAUCAAGCAAUACUUUUCUCAGAGUGAUCUUUCUCUCUCUGUGUCUCUCUUUGUUGCUUGUUAACUGUACCGUUUUCCUGUGUUCCUCACAAAGAUUUUUGUUCCUGAAGUGUGCACCCUUUUAUACCACCGUUAAGGUUUUCUUAGAAGUGAGACAUCAUUUUUCAAUAUCUUCACAUUACAACUUUUUCAAUGGCAUUCUUAUUUGUACAAUUGAAUGUUCUGCGCAACUUAUGAGGUGAAUAUGGUUUCAGAAAAGAUUCAUUGAUGAUUUUUAAGUGAUUGAGAUUUUUUUAAAAACCUGAUGAUAGAUUUAGGAGAUGAAUAGUUUUGUGAGUUUAGCUAACAACGAGGUGUUUGUUGAGCUACUUCUCUGCCUUCACAAUUAUAUAUUUUUUUCUCGGGGUGCACUCUGCCCCCUCCUGUGUGCCUCGCUGAUGUGUAAACCGGAGUCUUCCAGCCUGCAGACCACGUUGUGCCUGCAGACCAUAGCUGUUCCUUUUCUCUCUCUGAGCUCAGUCCACUUGGAGCACAAUAUGGUGCCUGCUGUGUUGUUGACUUUUGAGAACUUGAUGAAGAUUGAUCUGCAUGGCAUUAUUGUUCAUAUUCAGUUCCCAUGUGGAGAGUAUAAAAAAAAAUAUAGUUUGUUUUUUUCCAACUUGUUAGUCAUUUUAGUUGGGGUUUGAAUACUUCACUGCCAAUGACAUUUUGGACUGAGUCACAGUGGGCAGUUUUGAUAAAUUCCUCCUUACCUGUUAUGUGGCAGCUGCAUUUAUUUUGUAACAACAAUAUUUGGCUCUUAUUUUCCUCUGAUUUGUAAUUAGGAAAGGCAUUUAUACUUUUUUUUCCCCAACUGUUAUCCUUGUGCGCUGCGGCUACCUCUGUCAAGUGGAACAAAUCAUUCAUUGGCAUAUAUGCACAAUCAUCAUAGUCAAAAUGCAUAGACGGGAAUAUUUAGAGGACAAAAUUUUGAGAAUUCCUUAAACUGAUGCUUUGUCAUUUACACUUCUGACCCAAAGAAGUGAAUAUGCAAAAAUGUCUGGGUGGAAUUUUUUCAGUAUGUCCUACUUUGACCAAGAAAGAUUUUUGUCUUUGCACCGUGAUCAUUAAAAUUGCUCUCUCUCUCUCUCUGUGGUUACUGUAUUUGAUCAAAACUUUGGCGGAAAGAUAAGACAACAUCAAGAUGCACCUUCAGAACUGAUAUUUCUAUGUAAUGUUUGUAUUCACAACUAUAUUUCUUUUCACAGAAGGGAGUGUGUUGCAAUUUUCUUAAUACUCGGAAACCUUUGGACAUGGGUUGUGUUUGUGGCAUGCAUAGCCACCAGAGGAUUUCACUUCAUCUCAGAUAUUUUCAAAAAAUAAGAUAUCAUAUAGUAUCCCACAUACAUUAAUAACUUUGCUAUCAAGGGUUUUUUUGUAAUCACUCUCUAUCUCAAUGUGUUUGUUUCAAUUGUAUUGCAUCAUUCAUUUCAAUGUUGAAGCAUGAGCCAGUAAAUGCAAAGAAAGGAAAAAGGUUCCAAUUUCAAGGAAGUGUAAAGGUUACCACUGCUUGUGUAAAUUUGUGUCGUAUCUCCCUAACUAUGGUUUUCACUUAUAAUGUAUUUUCAAGUGCUCUUUUUUUUUUUUACUGUAGCUUUUUGAUAACUUUGGAGUCAUUAGAGGCGUGAUACUGGUGCCUGUGAUGUAGCAGUUAGGCUCUUGGCCGUCCCACGCAGAAAACAUGAGUUUGAUUAUUGGGUGGGGAAGUUUUAUGUCUAGCAUCUACUCCAUUAGUCUUCUGGUAUGCUGUUUCUCUCUCAGCCCUGGUUGGGUGGCCCUGAUAGGCUGGAUCAAAGCUGCCUGUCUCCAAAUGAUAUAAGUUGUGUUAAUGGGAGGCGUAAAACACUUACAAAAAUUACUUUAAAUUUAGUUUUUGCAGUAGUUUUUAAAUGUCUUUAGGGUCAUUAGGAGAUGUUCAAGUUCUAGUAAGCGUUAGACUGUAUUAUUACUGUUCAUAUUGUAUAGGGAGCGUACAGUGGGUUCACUUUGUCUGUCCUGCCCUUAGUGUUGAAGACAUUCCAGAGUCCCCAAAGUCUUACUUGUGACUGAUGUUUGAAAUCCCCCUAUAAGCCCAAAAUUCUGUUUUUGUGUGUUGCAUGAUCUAGUGAAACGUUAAUGAUAGCACACCUACCCAUGGCAUAAAAGUAUCAAUUGUAAAACGUAGCAAAUACCCCAUCUCCCUUAGUGUUUAAAAAAGGUUGUAAAAACCUGGCUUAUUUUGUGAGUUUCGCCAAUGGCAGUAACAAUUUUUUAUAAAUGCUAGAACUAGAAUAGCAUGUAUGUUUUGUCUGUCUGUACGCUCCAAAAAGUGUGAUCGAUAACAGUCACUUAUGCUUAUCCUAUUCUGCUCACUUACGUGAUCCCUGACUACAGUUAACGACAAAGAAAAAAAAAGUGAUUAUGAAGAGGGUUGUUCAUGAUAUCACCUGUCUUCUGUUUCCCUCAUGUUCUCGUUUUCUUUCUUCUCGCUGGAAUAGGGAGACACUGGGAAAGUGAGGCGAAGUUAGCGUUAGCACCAAACUUAUUGUCGUUGCUGCGUACCUAUAUAAUAUCUGUAAUUAAACAAAGACUAAAUAUCCUGGAAAAAGUUAACACGUACUUACUGACCUGUUCCUUUUCUCUCUCACCUUCGUACUUUUUAAAAUGUCUUAUGAUUGUUACUAAACUACUUGUUGGGCCUUUGUUUCAUCUGUGGGAUACGGACAUUUUGCAAAUCUAGCUGUACAUAAAUGCUUGAUCAUGAAACUCGCGCCCACUACCCUUGAUUUUGUAAACAGAUCAUAGAUACACACAUACACAUGAAGGUUAGAAUCAUAUUAAUUCUAUGGUGUUGAUGGAAUGUAUUGUUAUUUUUUAUUCUAUCAUGAAAUUUCACAUGAUGUUGCUAUCUAUUGAUUAAAAUAUUCUCAACACUUGGAA